GCACACGAUCGCGACGACCUCGGUUCCCUUCCUAUCCAUAGCGAGACGUCCACGUUGGGCGCCUGUUCAGUCGCCGGUAUGGGACUUUGCGCCACUCAAUAACCUUACAGCCUUUCUCAGGAGCCCGCUCUCUUUUCCCCCAAAAGCGUGGGUCAACUCCUCGUCUUAUCAUGUCAACAGGCAACCUGCACACCCCUCCGGGCUCUCGCGAUACACCCCCUCAUGGCACUGGCGACCGCUUUGCGAGGGCUGUUGUUAUUGUUGCUGGAGUGGCGGCUUUGUCUGCCAGCUUGAUCACCUUCUUUUCUGUCUGGCUACAAGCCAAGAACUACAGGAAACCACUCCUCCAGAGAUAUGUAGUACGAAUACUUCUGAUGGUGCCCAUCUACUCGGCCUCGUCGUGGGCCAGCCUGGUGUCUCUGAAGGCAGCUUUCUGGAUCGGUCCCUUGCGAGACGUCUAUGAAGCCUUCACGAUUUACACCUUCUUUCAGUUACUGAUCAACUUCAUCGGCGGUGAACGAGCCCUCAUAAUCCUCAUGACCGGACGUCCCCCCGUAUCCCACCUCUGGCCUCUCAACUACAUUCUCCCCAAAGUCGAUAUAUCGGAUCCGCACACGUUCCUAGCCAUCAAACGCGGCAUACUGCAGUAUACAUGGUGCAAGCCGCUCCUGUCGCUUGCAGCAAUCAUCAUGAAGGCCACGGGCACCUACAAGGAAGGAUAUAUCGGUGUGACAUCGGGCUACUUCUGGAGUGGUAUCAUCUACAACAUCAGCAUCUCCAUCAGUCUGUAUGCGCUCGCCAUGUUCUGGGUGUGCAUGGCCCACGAUUUGAAACCUUUCCGUCCGAUGCCGAAAUUCCUGUGCAUCAAGGGCAUCAUCUUUGCAUCGUAUUGGCAGGGCUUUCUUCUUUCGAUCCUUGUGUUCCUGAGAGCAAUCCCCGAUGACGUUCCCGGUUACACCGCGGACAACCUUGCCGCCGCCAUUCAAGACGCCCUCAUAUGCUUCGAGAUGCCUCUGUUUUCAGUAGCUCACUGGUACGCCUUCUCAUGGCACGACUACGCUGAUGUCACGAUAUCAGCUGCACGCAUGCCGGUGAAGUAUGCGCUUCGCGAUGCAUUCGGGCCGCGUGAUCUCAUCCAGGAUACAAAAGAGACGUUCGCCGGAAAGCAUUAUGAGUACCGAUACUUCGAUGCUCGCGAUAACGUCCUGGCACACGAGGAGUCGUCUUCUCGGGCCGCGCGCAUGAGAGAAGGCAUGAGGUUCGAGAGGGGUGGAAAGGGCAAAUAUUGGAUUCCCAAACCUGGCCAGCGCGAGCACGAGCCGCUGCUUUCAAAGGUUAGCUCGAGCCGGGCGCGAGCGAUGAGCCCUGGCCCUCAUCGCGCGCUCGAGGACACGCACUACGGUACUACAGAUGAAGACGAGGAUCCUUCCCUCAACCCUGAGGAUGAGCGCCUCUUUGAUAGCGCCCGUGCAUUGGAGUUUGGCGAUUGGAAUUAUCCGGUCAUUGAGGCUCACAGGGCGACACGUGAAAGUCGCAUGUACUCGAGUCCAAACAUUUUGACCGCUUCCACAAACAGGAACCUAUUGCAACCGACUAAAGAGAACAAACGAAGGCGGAAGAACCGGAUCAAGGAAAUCCAACAAGAAGUGGGAAAGGGCAAGAACCGGAGUGAUUCUGAGAGUAAUGGAGAGUCAUCCGGCUCCAAGCCGCGAGCACCCCUCAUUGGGAAUCUGUUUCGACAGCAAUCCACGUCCUCGACCGGCUCGGCCAAGACAGAUAGGAGUCAGCUGGUCGAUCUCGUGGUCGAGGACCGUGAAGCAGAGGAAGUUGAACGAGUUCGCGCACGGAAGGAAGGAGGUCCCGGAUGGAACGAGGUUCCUCCGAGACGCUUUGUGCACACCUAUCCGCAAGAGGGGCAGGAGGAGGAGGUGCGCGAGGGCUUUGAUCCCGAUGAACCUCAGCCCCACAAUCCCGAACGCGCACACAACCUCGAUUCACCAUUCGCAAUAGGGGAGAACGAAGAGGCUGACAACGAGGAGCGACAACCGCCUGUAUCCGAUGAAGCGGCGAAAUGGCAGACGCGAGACUAUUCCCACGAGGAUGACGGCAAACCCAUCAGCCCCCAGUACGGCAGCUUCCAUGAGGAGCGCGAUGCUUGGGGUGGCGGCUGAGAGGAAGUGGAAGAAGUAAGAUGACGCGAGCAAGGUCGUUGUUGAAACGUGGCGGAGGUGUCUGUCGCAGAUAUAUUCGGACGGCGCUGUGAAUUUGAUGCUACACAGGGCCGCAUGGAGCGCACGUCAUUCUGCAGCUUUGUCUGAUACCCCUUUGAAGACGCUAUAGUUCCUAGAUGAGAUGUAUAGAGGGAUCCAUGGAUGGGAUGGUUCUCACCAAAGCACGUG